AAAGAGUGAAGUCAGUCACAGAGAGUAUCCUAUACUCUUAGGUCAGUCAUUAAAAGUUGUUAUCUUAGAUUAGAGUUUAAAUUUAAUUUUUGUGGUACCGGUUUGAUAUAUAAUUGCGCCAAAAGUGACCUCAUCGAAGUGAGUCGAAGGACGUCAAGCUUCUAAAGACAGUGAAAAACAAAACAAGAACAAGAUCAUUUUAAGGGGUCGAGGGACAUAAAGUCGCGAAGAAGCGGCAGUUUAUCGGCCCCAAGUUUUUGAAUAUGGCGUGUGAACGAUAUUGCUUGUUAACCUGCGGGUGUUUCAUUGGAUUUACGUUGGCUCUCGUUUUGGGAUCUUUACAAGUGCUUGCAGAGCCAGAACUUUCUUAUUACAAUUAUAAAACUUUAUCAGAACUCAACACCGAUGAAAUUCUAAUUCAUACAGCAAGAUUAGAUGAAGUGUCGAAGUUUAAACGACUACGAAGAUCAUUAUCAGGACCGGAGCCAUCAUCACUAACAGCUUCAGCAACUGUUCCAUUAUCAUCACGAAGAUCGCAAGAUCCGAUCCAAGAAUCUCCACUUAUAAAAACAAAUACAGGACCAACAGCUAACGUUACAUACUCAACAGAAAAUAUUACAAAUUCAAAAGAUGAGUCACCUGUAAUAAGUACAACAUUAAAACCGAAUAUUACAAAAAAUGGAAAAAAUUCAUCUAUUAUUGUAUCUCAACCAAUUGUUCCUGUCACUGGACCAUCUCCUACUAAUAUUCAUAUCUGGGCUAACCAAACACGAUGGCCUAAUGCGACUCAAGAUAAUGUUAAUUCAAAAAUGGAUAAUAAAUUCAAUAGAGUUGAUUUAAUGAAUACAACUGAAGCUCCUACUAAUUCUUCAGAUUUAGAUGAUAUAUCAAUAUCGAAGUUUACUAAUGUUUCAAAUAGUACUUUAACUCAAAAUAAUACUAUGAAACAAGAGGACGACACUCAUCAGUAUUACAACAGUACGUUUAUUAUCGAUGAAUCUAUAGCUAAGACUUAUUGGGUUGAUAUGGACAAUCAUCCUAAUCGCAAAGUUAAUGAUCUUUUAAGUCAAAGUCAUAGAAGAGCCGCAACUGUAGAAUUGAAGUUUGAUUUUCCAUUCUACGGACAUAAAGUUAGAAAUAUAACAAUAGCUACAGGUGGAUUUUUGUAUACAGGAGACUAUGUUCACAGCUGGCUUGCUGCCACUCAGUACAUUGCCCCGCUGAUGGCGAAUUUUGAUACCCGUCUUUCAAAUGAUAGUUAUGUCAAAUACGCAGAUAACGGUACGGCAUUCACUGUCGAAUGGACAAAGGUCGUACUUCAAGAUAAACCAAAAGAUGGAGAAUUUACAUUCCAAGUGACUCUUUAUGAAAAUGGUAACAUUGUUUUUGUUUACAAAGAAAUGCCACUUUCGGUUGAAGAAAUCGAAGACAAGGCUCAUCCAGUUAAAGUUGGAUUAAGCGAUGCUUACAUCAUGGAUAGAACUCGUUUCUUUGUCCGUAAAAAAACUAUUUAUGAGUACCAUCGUGUCCAUUUUAAUCAUCAAAAUAUUACAAACUGGACAGUGAUUUUUCUUCGUGCAUUACCAACUUGCCUACAAAUGGAAAAUUGCACAGAUUGUCUGACUAAAGUGCCAGAGUUCACUUGUAAAUGGUGUGCAGAAUUAAAUCAAUGUAGCACGGGUACAUUCCGACAGCGACAAGGUUGGUUGGAGAAAGGAUGUGAUCAGAAAAGCAUUACAGAGGAAAGCAGUUGUCCAGUAAGUCCUAAAACACUUACAGGACAUAAUGAUCAUCAUGACAAUGCCCACAUUAUUUCUGAUGGAGAAUUAUCAGCAGAUGUUCAACCAAAUCGUUUGGCCAAUGAACCAGCUAUUACCAAACACUCUCACAGUCAUGUAAAUAUGAGUCACAUGAGUUUUUCAGGAAUCAUUAGUAUUCUUCUGGUUGUUUCUUUAGUAUCAGGUUUAGCUGGUUGGGCUGUUUACGCUUAUCGCAACCCUCAUAGUGCAUCAGGACAAAUGCUAAUUCGAUAUCGUCCAAGUCAAUGGAGUUGGCGAAGAGGUGAAGCACGUUAUACAGCCGCGACUAUUCACAUGUGAUCAAAUAUAUUGAAGUAUCAAUCAACUGAUAUUAAAGCUAUAAGAUCAAUGUCCUCUAGAUAUUAUACUCUAUAGUAUUCACGAAUUUAAAAAUAAUUCGUGAUAAAUAAUUGCUGCUAUUACUUGGUAAUUAACUUUUUUUUUAUUUUUUCAAGUAAUGUUUACAUUUUAAAAAAUAAUACAAAUUUGUACAUUUUUAUAUUUUUAAAAAUAUUGCAUUAUCAUGGGAUAAUUUAAAAACUCAUUGAAUAUAAUCAAUGGCUUAAAAAUA